AAUCACAGUUACCACGUGGUGCGUCGGCAUACUACAGGAGUGUUCUGCGAGUGUUUUGAUGAGCUCCCGCCAUCUUGGGAGGAAAGUGUUCUACUUUGGUGCAGAAAAAAGACGUGUAGCUCGCCAAAUCCACCUCCGAGAUUGUCGCCAAAGGUGUGCGGGAUUCAUCGGGAACUGCUCUACGACAUGAGUUUAGAUACCCUGCUUGAAGCCGCCAAAUACAUCGAAUAUAGAUCAGAAGCAAAAGCACGUGGCGAGAUCCCGCAGGAUUACCAGACGUUCGCUCUGCAGAGCAAAGCCAUCGCAGCGGCGGACGAGUUUCGGAUCCAGGCGAGGCAGCAGCUGCACAACGCAUCUCGGUGUGACAAUUCUUCGGACUCCUACUCGUCGAAUCACUGCGACGAUGGCCGAGAGAAGAGGCGGUCGGGCGGGGCGGGCACACGUGAAGUCCACAAUAAGCUUGAAAAAAAUAGGAGAGCCCACCUAAAGGAGUGCUUUGAAACACUGAAAAGACAGCUUCCUAACAUGGAUGAUCGAAAAACGUCCAACUUGACCAUUCUCAGGGGUGCCCUGCGCUACAUACAGAGCCUGAAGCGGCGUGAGCGGGAGUAUGAGCACGAGAUGGAACGCCUGGCUCGAGAAAAGAUAGCAGCACAGCAGCGGCUGGCCACACUCAAGAAGGAUCUAUCCUUGCAGCUUGACUACCUCGACAUGAGUGCUCUGCUGCCCGAGAAGGACAAUGAGACUACCACAACUGCCUCUGAGUGUGGCAACUACAGCGACCUGGAUGAGGACCUGGACGAGAAGCCUCGUCUUCAGCCGCCGUCGGUGUCCCCCACCAGCUCACCCAAGCCAGCGCUAUCUUUUCUAUGUGACGUAGCAGGUAACUCUGAAAAUGGCAAGCCUCCCAUUUUUCCCACAAACCACAAGUUGAUUGACACGCUAAAUGGUGCUGCAAAUAGCAACAUUGUCAAUGUCAGCAGUAACAGUGCUGCCAACAACAUUGGCACCAACAUUGCCACUGUGUUCACCUCCUCGACUGGCCACAUUGUGACCAAUAGCAGCUGUGGUGCCACCCCUGUGGUGGUCACUGGUGCCCGGGUCACUGCACCCAGGGCAUCCCCAGGGAAAGGUAUAGCCCCUAUGGCAACACCGCUGCUGUCGAUGGCUAACAGCAGCAAGAUGGUUGCCACCCCAGCUACCUCUCUGGCCACGAGCACCAGUUUGGCCAGCCUGGUUUCACAGCAACAGUCGCAGGUGACCACACCAGCAAGUCUAGGCCUUGUCUCAGCAAGCCCUACCUCUGUAAGCGGUACUCCUGUCACGGGACCGAGCAUCCCAGCAGGUGCAGUGCAAGUGGUGGCCAGCCCCAGUGGCACAGUGAAAGUGAUUGGUGUGGCAACAGCCGCAAGUGGGCCCACAGCAACUGCAUCCACUCCUGGUGCCGGUUCCGCUCAGGGUAUAGGUGGUGGUCCCCUUGUGGCUUUGGCUGUGGCAGCUUCUACAGCAGCAGGGCCUGCAGCACAGCCAUCUGCAGCCAAGUCACUGGUGCGCGUGGCAACCAGUGCAGCAACAUCCAGUGUCGGUCGGCCAGCACCUGCAGCAGGCCCUGCUCCUGUCACCUUGGUCACGGCAGCAAAGUCUCUCUUCCUUGGUGGGCCACAGGGUGGGGUGGCUGCAACAGUGGCGGCUGUGGGUUCAAACCCCCAACCCAUUGUGGCAGUGGCUGGGCCGCCCACAGCCACUGUGGUGACAACUCCCACCGUACGACGAGGCCUGCCACAAAUCCUGACACCGCGAGUGACUGGUGCAACAGUGCUGUCCAACUCUACAGUGGGCACCCUAAAACCAGUGCGGGGUAGCAGUCCAGCCCUCUCCCAGCUGGCAGCUCAUGUGACCCAUGUGGCCGCAGCUACUGCGCCCACGGGACAGAUUCCUCUGAUGGCCCCCAUCUCAGUUGUGGGGCACCUGCCCACAUUGCUGAGUCAGCAGUUCCUCUCUCCGGGCCUCGGUUCCCUGGCAGCAGCUGCAGCUUCUGCUGGUGGCAAUGCGCACCACCACCACCACCACCAUCACACCGGCGCCACUGCAGUUGUCAAGCCCCUCGUUGUCGUCAGCCUUCCCAACGUGGUUGCCCAACCAGCAACCUCGUCUAGCGUUGGCACAGCCCAGUGACACCCCCUCCCUCCUGUUUGGCGAUGACUUCUUGCAGUGGUGCCGUGCAGUUUUGUUCCUCCCCCCCCCCAUUUCCCCCCCACAUGUGUUGCCUUCUUACGAGCACCCCACCGCCUCUGUUGUGUUGCCUGCCCAAAGAAAGUUCUGUGUUGUGCUUAAAGCUGCAGCACAGAGCUGUAGCAGACCCUCUUGCCUCUGUUUCUUCGUUAUUUGUACAAGACAACUUAUUCACCAACAAUGCAUGCAUGCAUGGCAACAGAAAAACUUGCAUAACUUCUCCAUUGCAGCAUAUUUUCCUGUCGUGGUUGUUGUCUUUGUUUUGGCCAGCUUCUUCAUUCUCUUGAGUAUCACAGGCCUACAAGGAAGGGUCUACCAUGCUUGACUUUAUCCUGGCUGGUGUGGUAGAUGUUCCAUUCCGCACUGAACAGCUCUACUUGUCACGGAUGCAAGAAAGUGAAAGCAAGUAUGCUUCUAAACGCCCUGUUCUCCUACGUUGACGGUGCUUACCAACUGAUUCAUGCCUUUUUCCUCGACUGCUUGUGAUUCAUGAAAAGGUGUAUGUAAAGAUUUCACAUAAUUCCCACAGUGAAGAAAGAGCAUGAUGUUGUUAGGCUCUGCAAGAAUGGCAGUGCUUUUUCUGUCUUUUUUCUCGUCUGUGUUCUUUGCUUGUUCUGUCCCUUUCAUUUCAUUUAUCAGUAACACAUUUCUCAAUGUAGAGUUUGCUUGACAAGAAAGGAAAAGAUCUGUGGCAAGGUCUAUCUUUCUCUACUCUGCAGUGGCAUUCACUACAAAACAUGCUGGUUUGUAAUGCCACUUAUACUGCACACGGUAAUGAUGUCUAAGUUGUUGCACUUAUUGCUUUAUGUAGUCAUCGCUAUGCAUUCUUUGUCAGUACCUAUAACAUUGCAGCAGACUGUCGGAAUAUAUUACAUUUCAGUCCAGGCUUUUUUAUUAUUAUUAUUAUGUUUUUUUGUGCACCUCUCCUAAGCUGCCCUAUGAAUUAAAGUCAGUCAUAGCCGCACUUACCCCCUUUAGUUCUUUUUUUCUUGGUGUUCAUUAACACUCCCUGAGUUAAGCACUGAUUUAAGUUCAGAGACUUUCUCAUGUGCAUUUAGUACUAAUUGAAUCUACACCUGCCAUUUCAUUGUCUGAACUGUUAUAACCUGCAUACAAACAAGCCUUUGGCAUGGCCGUAACAUCCGCCUUGUUCCCUAACAGGAGAUGCAAAAAAUUUGCAGUUCUGUUAUAUGAAAUACACCAUUCAAAACUUAGUGUCCUCCUUCUCCACAGUCACUGUGCUUUGCAGUCUUUGGUCUGCUUGUGAAAUGACAAGAGCCUUGUUGCUGCUCUUCUUAGCUGUACUUGUGCUCCCUAUCUAUCAUUUCGAUGAACACAUUGACAAAGGAGCUUCUCAUGGUGUGGUGAGUUGAGCAUCCUGAGCAUCCUGGGACAUCGCAUGUCUUCCUUACUGUUGCAAAGAAGUGUGCCCAUGUUUUCUGCUGCCUUUGACAAUUCAUUCCAUUGCUGAAGCUUCAGAGAGAGUGGCCUGCUAUUUAUGUGUUCUGUGCGCGAACUGUUCUUGUUAUGUUGCUGUUGUCCUUUUGUCCUUGUUUUCUUUUCACGUUGUGGAACCCUGUCACUUGUGAAUGUUGUGGCAUGUUGCACCUGCUCGGUGAUUUCUGUUUUCUGUGUUUUGUUAUUCAGUGAGGAGAAUUGAGGUGUGUGUGUGUGUGUGUUUGGGGGGGGGGUGCAGUUUUUGUGCUUCAAGAACUAGACAGACGCACCUUUCUGGCCUCAUGAGCUAUGCCACCUUUCAAAUGCUCCAACUUCACUUUUGCGUGUUGUGCUUUCUAAACACUUUACUAGCUUCCCAAGUGUAAAGGAGUGACGCCACUUUUUAAGCCUGGGCACAUUUUACUGAGCAUGUUAGCUAUGCUUAUUUUGCAAUUGUGAAACAGUUUUCCGGCUUGGAAAUGGAGAAGGGCGAACUGUGAGCUCUCUCGUAAAGCUCAGUGUCACUAAGCAUAACUGAAGCCAUCUUUGAAGUGUUCCCACACCAUUCAUUGUGAUGGGAUCGUGUUUGCCACGUGCGAAAUGCAGAAGCAGCGCUCCUAAGUGAAGAUCUCCUCCGGGGUCCAAAGAGAAUUUACAAGUGGUGAUGGCGUUUACACAUGUGCGCAGAGACAGCAAGAACCUGAUGUAGCUUUUGUGUACGUCUGUUCACAUAAGUGCUUGGACAUGUGAUCUCCAUCAACCCCAUGCAAAGGUGGCUCUCAAUAGGCCAUUGUAAUGCGACUUGCAAGUGUAUGCAAGGACAUUUGCUAGAAAAUGUUGGCAUUUGAGAAAUGAAAGCUCAGCUUUGCCUUUUUUAUUUUUCUCUGUGUGAUUUGUUUGGGCACUGUUUGUUUGACUUUACUUCUGCCCUUUCAGCUUUUUGCACUUGUGGUACCUGACAGAUGGAAGGCUUAAAUAGUUGUUUUCUGGUUUUGUCCUGGAGGAACUUAUUGAUUUAUUGUCUUUCUUUUUGAAUUUUUUUUUUAAGGAACAAAGUGUGUGAUUCCCAGCUCAAAUCUUUAUACUUACAUCCCUCCCCUUUUUUCUCUGGGUUUUGUAAGAUCUGUAAAUGUAAAAAGGAAAUAGCACAUUAUUUUACAAAACUUUGGAGUGCUUAAAGAUGGCUGUUCUUGCUUUGUGAGAGCUCACCAUUUGGCAUACGUGCAUUUUUAUGUAGUGGGAGUUUUGUAUUUUAUCUUAGUGCAAACAUUUCCACUUAACUUUUUCUCAAUAUAAUCCUAUCUUAAUCAGCUGUAGCUGCUGUGACACCAAAAUGUGACAUUGGUGUGUUGCAGAAAUAUUAGUGCUCAUUCUCUGUGGUUUGCAACAGAAGCCAGAGCAAAUUACCAUUUCGGAGAAAGAAAAAGUAGUGAAUUAAAUCAGGCACCGCAAUUUUCAUACGUUGCUGCAACUAUGCCUCUGAAAUGUUCAUUUCCUUGCAUGCUUUCUCGAGGCUUUAUAGAGUGCUAUGGUAAAGAUUUGAAGCCAGCAGUUCUCCGUAAAAACGUAUUUUCUGUUUUUCACCAACAUUGGUUUAAACCUACACUGAACACUGAAACGUGCAGCAUUUUUCUUCAA